AUGAGUUCAUCCGAUAAGUCUUCCCUACUUUUUAGUCCUUUAAAAAUAAGAGGCAUUACUCUGAGGAACAGGAUAUGUGUGGCACCGAUGGCCCAGUGCUCGGCCGUGGAUGGCGUCCCCAAUGACUGGCAUUUAGUACAUUACGGCUCAUUCGCGAAGGGAGGCGCCGGACUCGUGAUGGUGGAGGCGACGAUUGUGGAGGCCAGGGGUCGGGUGAGUCGGGGCUGUACUGGCCUUUGGGACGACCAUCAGAUCGAGCCGUGGAGGAGAAUCACCACAUUCUUGAGAGCUCAGGGGUCGGUGCCGGGCAUACAGCUGGCGCAUGGAGGUCGCAAAGCUAGUGGUCAACCAUUUUGGGUCGGACACGGCUCGGUAGCGGACGAGGAUGGCGGGUGGCCUACCAUAGGUGCCAGUGCUGUGCCAUUUGGUGGCGCCGUAUGGAAAGUGCCUAAAGAGGCCACAAUUGACGACAUCGACGAACUCGAAGAAGCCUUUGUUUCGGGGGCUAAACGUGCGGUUGAGGCGGGCUUUGAGGUGUUGGAACUUCACUUCGCACAUGGAUGGCUCGUCAGUAGCUUUCUAUCACCCCUUACUAACCAUAGGACAGACAAAUACGGCGGAUGUCUGGAGAAUAGGAUGCGUUUUGGUCUCGAAAUCGCCGCAAAAGUCCGAAACAGUAUUCCCGAAGACAUCGUCAUUGGGGUCCGGAUUUCGGUCACCGAUUACGCCGACAACGGAUGGGAUAUAAAACAAAGCAUUGAUUUCGCGAAGAAGUUAAAGACAAUUGGUAUGGAUUUCAUUGACUGCAGCUCUGGAGGUGUCGUCUCUUACAUCGAUUAUAACGGUUUGAACGCAAAUGGGGUUCAACUGAAAGCCGCCCAAAGUAUUCAGAAAGAGGUGGGAAUAGCGACCGCAGCGGUCGGCAAAAUAGUCGACCCCCACGAGGCUGAGGCCAUAUUGCGGGGUAACGGCGCGACACUGAUAUUCAUCGGUAGGGCGUUCCUAAACAACCCGCACUGGCCUUAUAUGGCGGCCGACGUGUUGGCCAAUAAGAUGAGCUUUAAAUACCCGGAUCAGUACGACUGGUGUAUCGGUUGGAGGGGUUUCGACAAAUGGCGGAGAGAUGUACUUAAGGAUGAAAAUAAUAACUUGUUUUAA